UGGGGGGUGGGUGGGGUCCCUGUGCCCCUAUAAGUGCCCGCUGUGAGGUGGCCGUGCUGUCUUCGGGGUUCCCCUUGGGCUGAGAAUUGAGGCGCUUUUUAGGGCUGUGACACCCCCGAGCCAUGUCCCUCACGGACAGCACCGACAGCAGGUCCGAGAAACCCGUGUCCAUCCUUUGGGGGUGCGAGCUGAGCAGCGGGAGGAGCUCCUACACCUUCCAGGUGCCCGAGGAAUGGCACUGCGAGCAGCAGCUGGUCCUGCGCACGAUCUGCCUGGGGGAGACGGCCCGCGAUGAAUUCCACGUGGUGGAGGUGGUGGCCGAGGACGGGGACAGCCGGACCCCGGUGCCCCUGGCCACGCUGAAGCCGUCGGUGCUGCCCACGGCCAUGCUGGCCGGACUGGAACUGACCCCCCCGGUGACCUUCCACCUCCGAGCCGGCUCCGGCCCCGUCUAUGUCAGCGGCCAGCACGUGUCCAUGCUGACCCUGAGCUCGGAUGAGGAGGACGAGGAGGAGGAGGAGGAAGAAGAGGAAGCAGCAGAAGAGACCCCCAAGAAGCCCCCCAAGGGCUCGAGUGCCCGGAAAGGCAGCGCUGCCAAGAAAAGGAAGCUGGAAAAGGAGGAUGAGCUCAGGAACAGCCUCGCCCCUGAGGAUCCCCUUCCCAGCAAGGGACGCGGAGCCGGCCGGGGCAGGAAAGCACCAAAGAAAUAACGGGAAUUCCGUCAGAGCCCGGCCCGGUGCCGGGAUUCCUGGAAGCAGCAGCUGCUGGGGGUGGUGGUGGCGUUCCCAAAUAAAGCACAUUUUGCA